CGCUGUUUAAUUCUAGGUACAUACAUGUACAUGUAUGCUUACACAUUACCAUGCUCGUGCGGGAGUUUCGUCAAUGAAAUGUUCUAAAAAUGAGUCGACUUAUUGUGAAAAACCUGCCAGCAGGGAUCAAGGAGGAUAAGAUCCGCACUAUCUUUGCCGCCCAAGGAGAGAUCACCGACCUGCAGCUUAAGUACACCAGUGCCGGGGUCUUCCGCAAGUUUGCCUUUGUUGGCUUCCGGGCCAAGUCCAGCGCUCCCAAAGCUGUGGAGUGUCUGAACAACACCUUCAUAGAUUCGUCCAAAAUACAAGUUGAGAUUGCCAAGGAUUUGGGAGACAGCAAUCUGGCCAGGCCAUGGAGCAAGUACUCGGAGAAGAGCUCAGCUUUCCAGAGGAGAGUGGCCAAGCAGGAGGAGAAAGACACAGCCAAGAAAAGCGAGGAGAAGACGAAGACAGCCAUACAACAGGGAGCAGAAACAAAGCAGAAGAAAGGAAAGGUGAAAGCAGACCCUCUUCAUGAGCUUGAAGAUGAUGCAGGUUUCCAAGAAUUCAAGGAGGCCCACCAAGUCCGCAGCAAGAAGCCCCUCUGGAGCAAUGAUACUGCAGUGGUUGAGCCUAGCGCCAAGGGUCAGGGGUCAAAGGCUAAAGGCAAAGACAGGGGUCAUGAUAUCAGCCAGUCAUCUGAAGGCUCGGGCGAUGAUACCUCUUCAGAAGAAAAUGUGGAGAUGGAUGAAGUUGACGAUGAAGUAGAGGGAGCAGAUGAGACAAAUAAAGAAGCAAAUCAACCAGUCUCGGACAUGGAUUAUCUCCGAAGUAAGAUGGUGAAGAAAGCAGCUCCCCUUGAUGCCGACAGCGAUACUGAUAGCGACACAGACAGCGACGCAGACAGCGAUACAGAUAGUGAAGAAGACAGUGGGAAAGACUCAUUAUCUGGAAAUGAAGAGAAACCUCAGAGAGAAAAACCUCAAGUGCAAAUGCAACAAAAGCCAAAGAUGAAGUUGAUGAAGGCGGUCAACAAAGACGACAAGUUUGAUCGGGGUCAGUUCGUGCUCAAGAUGAGAGGCGUACCCUUCAGCGUCAAGGAGACAGACAUCCGAGCAUUCUUUUCACCAAUUGCCAUCAAGGCCAUUCGAAUUCCUCUGAACGAGAAGAAACAGAGAACGGGCAUGGCAUUCGUUGAGUUUUCCUCAGAACGGGAUCUCGUCCAAUCCUUGAAAAGAAACAAGGAUUACAUGGGUAAAAGAUAUAUAGAGCUUUUUAGAGAUGAGUGGAACCAGGGAGGACAGCAGGGUACCAGGGAUUGCGAGCCACCAUGGGCCAAGCAGGCAGCUGAGUUGGAGGUGUCUGAUGAACCAAUAGGAGAGACUGGCAGACUGUUCGUUCGCAACCUUGCCUACGUAUGCCAAGAGGAAGACUUGGAGGAACUUUUCAGUAAAUAUGGCCCUCUGACUGAGAUGAAUAUGCCCAUCGAUCCAUUGACUAAGAAAAUCAAAGGCUUUGCUUUCAUCACCUUCAUGAUGCCUGAGCACGCGGUCAAGGCGUUUACAGACCUGGACGGCAAGACAUUUCAGGGGCGUCUGCUUCACAUCCUGCCCGGCAAGGAGAAGAAGACGUCGGAGGCGGAAGGCAGAGAGGGAGAAGGCUCAUCUUACAAGAACCAGAAGAAGGCCAAGGACAAAGCAAGAAGUGGAAGCUCUCACAACUGGAAUUCUCUGUUCAUCGGAUCGGAUGCCGUGGCGGAAGCCAUUGCUCAGAAAUACCAGACGACCAAAAGCCAAGUCCUGGAUGCUGAGACGGGACGGAGUCUGGGAGUCAGGAUGGCUCUUGGCGAGACACAAAUUGUUGCUGAGACGAGACAGUUUCUCCUGGAUCACGGUGUAGCAUUGGACUCAUUCAGCCAGCCGUCUGGUUUAAGGAGCAAGACGGUCAUUCUGGUCAAGAAUCUCCCAGCUGGAACCGAAGCCUUGGAGAUCAGAGACCUGUUUGCUAGUCACGGCGGCCUGGGGAGGGUGGUCUUACCACCAGCUGGCGUGACCGCCAUCGUCGAGUUCAUAGAGCCCACCGAGGCCAGGAAGGCUUUCUUCAAGCUGGCAUACACAAAGUUUCACCAUGUCCCUCUCUACCUGGAGUGGGCACCAGUCAACGUGUUCAAGGGCGAGCCCUCAUCAGAAUCCACACCAGACCACAAACAGGGCGACAGGCAAAGUGAGGAACACACACCAGCAGCAAGCAAAGGAAGCUCAGAAUCCGACCAGUCAGCUACAACAGACAAGAGGACCGAGGACGCCAGUGAUGACGAGGAAGAAACGGAACCAGAAUCAACCAUCUUUGUCAAGAAUCUCAACUUUCAAACAACAGAGGACUCCUUAAGAAAGUUGUUUUCUCCGUGUGGACGUCUGAAGUCUGUGACAAUAUCACGCAAGAAGGAUCCCAAACAUACAGGAUCUUUGUUGUCCAUGGGCUACGGUUUUGUGGAAUACAAGAAGAGGAAAUCAGCCCAGAAGGCUCUGAAGGAAUUGCAGCACAGCAUGCUGGACGAUCAUAGCCUAGAGCUCAAGCUGUCACACAGAGCAACGGUGCAGGCAAAUCAAACAUCAACUCCGAAGAGACCAGGGACCACAAAACAGAAGUCCAGUAAAAUCCUGAUCCGGAAUAUUCCAUUUGAAGCUAGGAAACAGGAGAUACAGGAGCUAUUUGGUACAUUUGGUGAGAUCAAGUCAGUCAGACUACCCAAGAAGAUGAGUGGUACUGGCUCUCAUCGAGGCUUUGGAUUCGUCGACUUCCUCAGCAAGCAAGACGCCAAGAGGGCGUUUGAUGCUCUGUGCCACAGCAGCCAUCUCUAUGGGCGUCGGCUUGUCCUGGAGUGGGCGGAGGCAGAGGAGACUGUGGAAGACCUGCGUAGGAAGACAGCGGAUCACUUCAUUGAAGGCGGUCAGAAGAAAAGGCUGAAAAAGUCCAAAUUGAAGGAAGACUUGGAACUUACCAAGGCCAGCAGCUGAGAGCAACAAGACCGCAUCUGCAUUGGGUCCGAUGACCAUUAGGACCUUAACCUGCCUCAGACCACCACCGUGCCCUCACCUCAAGGCUCGCAUUGCAAUGGAUUUUCUCCCCCAUCAAUCUGAUUCUCUCUCAUGGUCAGUCCAUGGUCAUCUCUGCAUCUGGCCCCUGACUGCUGGUUGGAGAAGUUUGCUCAGUAACGGAAGACCCAAGCCAUUCAGGGGGAAGUGGUCCGCAAACAGAGAGAAAUUUGGUUUCACACCUCGGGGUGUCUCCCCAUCCCUCCAACCUCUUCCCCCCUAGGCCGUACACCCCCCCCUUCAGCUCCAUGCUGGCCCACCCUACAGACAUAUCUCCUGUUUGCCUCUUCUAACUCAAGUGUGAACCUCGUUUCACAGUGUAACAUCACCUCCCAAGACCAGGGUUGGAUAGCCAGAAUUCUUCCCCUCACACUCCUUUCAUUAGUUGAAUAAUGUUGAGUGUGAAAAACACACAGAGACCACCAUGGGUUAAAAAGUAACAGAGGCUGUUUUGACACAGCCUUUGAGGACAAGGGCUUCAUGAUCACAAGGGUUAGAAGAUAAGAUUUUGAGUUUGGCUUGGUGGAAAAGGCAGCCUUCAGAGAGGCAAAACGUCUGGGGGAGAGGGUUUAUUCGGAUGUUCUGUUGUCCCUUGUUUGUAUUAUUCUAGUGUUUUGCUUGAAACUUUUCUUGUUCUGUUUUUUGCCAACUAAUCAAUUAACCAAUUGCACGUUGGUAUUUUGUGCCAUUGAGUUGGUACAUUUCUGGCCAGAUUUAUAAAAGCACUGGUUACCAGGGGGCUUCAUGUGAACACCGGUUGUGGUUUAUAUAUUUGGCAAGGGGGAGAAUGGUUUUGGAAUCAACUCAUAUUAAAGGAUUAUUUCCAGAAAUUUGUUUGGAAAUCUAGAUACAUGUAUUUGCUGGUCAGUAAAAUGUCCAAAUAACUUAGAAAAUCUAGAAGUGGAGGGGAUGGGCUAGACAUAGUUUCGGGAGGGGGGUUCACCCUUCAACAAAACCGUAGUUUACAUUCUUUGCCUUCUUUUGUUUAGUUUGCGUCAUGUGCGUAUUAAAACCACAACUGAUUGGAAGAUCUGUAAAUGACAAGUGUUAAAGUGAAAAUGCACAGGAGCUCCCCGUGUGUCAGAGGUGAGAGGUCAUAAGGUCAGCAGUCUGCACUGAUCAUCAUCAGGACUCUGGUGUUACAUAUCUAGUAUGCUGUAGCAUGCUGUUUAUUUUGCCCCUCACUCUUUGUGUCACAAACGACCUUUCCUCGUCUAAGAUACAUGAGCACCCUACGAGUCAGUCCCUGUUGUCUUGGAUCUGAUGAUGGAUAUUUUUCGUUAUGUCCAGCUGGAUACAUCUGUCUCAUAGCAUCUCUCCUAUCUUGACAGGUUGUCAGCUUGUUCAUUUACUGCAGAGAUAAUACAAGAAUUUCUGAGUAGAAAUUCAGGAUAUUUCUUAACAUAAGCCGUACUUAAACAUGGAUGAAAAAUUAAGACCCUGCCUCGACCCUGUUAUUUGGUAAAUACAUGUAGUAUUCGUUACAAAGGUGUUUAAACCAAAAAUAACCUUCUUUUCUUAUGUUUCUUAAAAGAAAUUCUUAAAUACACAAAGAUGGCUAGCUGUUAAUAAGGAAGCAAAAUUAUAACUCUCAGAAUGUUUAAACAGUUUAGCAUAGCUGUCAAGACACUGCUAACUCCUCAAUCAAAACACCCCCCCCCCCUGACACCAGUGGGUGUAACUAGGUUGGACAUGGUUGCAUCCCCCCGCAUCCCCCAAUCCCCCCCCCCCAAAAAAAAAUAGAGAACCCAAAAAAAAUCUAAUGGAAGUCCAUCUUGGUCAGUGCUUUAACUGUGAUCGAACCCAAUGAAUGCACCCCUUUUGAAAAUGAGGCCCCCUAAUAAGUGGCCCCCAGUCACACCGGUGUUAAACACUACUGUUGGAAGUAUGCAUUUUGAGGCAAAAGAUGUUGCCAUCCAAAGGGGAGCCCUCUACAGCUGCUACACCUGCCGCCAACACAAAAAGGUAGGCAGCGCUUGUAAAUAAAAGACAGGUGUGUUUGGUGUAGGGUAGAGGUUUGUGGUAAUUCUAAGCUGGUAACAAAUUUGAUUUACCUUGGUUAAAUUCCCCAUCCCGAUUUUUUACUUCGGCUACAAUGUUUUAUUUGUCAUUUUUGUACACUGUAAAUAGAAUAAAAAUGUACUGAGUGUUUGA